AUGAGGGCGGCCAGCUUGGCCCUGCUGCUGUGGGCGUGGGAGAGCCUGCGGGCCUUUGAGCUCGUGGAGAAGGAGAACAUCUUCCAGAAGACACCCUGCCCUGCCUUCCUGAUGUUCGACAAUGCGGCCUACCUGGCCGACAUGAGCUUUGAACUUCCCUGCCACUGUAAGCCAGAGGAGGUACUGGCCGUGGUCUGGUACUAUCAGAAGCACCUCGGCAGCGGCCACACCAGGGUGCUGACGGACUUCGACGGGCGCGUGCUGACCGAGGCGGCCCAGGUGCGCGCGGGCAGCGACAUGCUGGUCCGCUUCAGCAUCCGCAUGUUCAGCCUGCUGGUGUUUCGGGCACAACCCGAGGACUCGGGCCUGUACUUCUGCGGCACCCACAAGGGGGACUACUUUUAUGCCUACGAUGUGGACAUCCAGAGCAGCGAGGGCAUGGUGGCCACCUUCAGGGACAAGGGCGAGGAGCCCUUUGAGGACGAGUACCGCGGGAACCUGCGCAUUUUCACCACUUUCUGGGAGUGGACCCCAUGCGACCGCUGCGGAGUGCGUGGGGAGCAGUGGCGCAUCGGCCUCUGUUACCUGCAGAGCCCGCACCUGUCCCCGCGCUACCGCAAGACCAUGCCGGAUGUGGUGUCCUGUGGCUCGAGCGCCCUGUCCAGGAAGCUGCGGGACGCAGCCAGGGACCACACCCCCGAGUUGCUGGUUCAGAGCUGCCAGGAGCCCUGCAAGAAGCGCAAAACAGACCGGAAGGGCGUGCUGGCCAUCUACAACUAUGUGUCCAAGCUGGGCAGCCGGCCCUGGGUGCCCCAGGUGCCCAUCCAGUUCCACCAACAGAGACUGGGUCACGGACUGGUCAUCUCGUGUCCCGGAGCCCGGCCCGAGCACGCGGUGGCCUGGGACAAGGACAGCAGACGUCUCUACCGCACCGAGUACCUGAAAGGUGUCAACAGGUCCAUGCGGGUGUUCAUCGACCACGGCAACCACCUGCACAUCCGCUUCACCCAGCUCGGUGACCAAGGCAUCUACUACUGCUGGCGGCAGGGGCAGCUUGUGGCCGGCUUCCGGCUGAGUGUGUCGUCUCGCAGGCGCUACGCUGCCUCGCUGUCGGACCCUGAGACUCGCGCUGUGGUAGAGCUCACCCUGAUGGGCUACCUGCUUAUCACGCUGGUGUUCAUCGCCAUCCAUGUCUGCCGCUGCUGCUGCUACAUCUGCCGCUGCUGUCCCAGCUUCUCCCCCUAG